GUACCGGAAAUGCUCGAUGUGCACUUCCUGUUAGGAUCCCUCUCAGGUGGCGGUUCCUCUGUUAGCACAUAUCCAACGUUCAGCUGGACGUGGGGUUCGGGUCCAGAGAGGUGGGAAAACAUUUUGGGUUCAGGCAUUAUCGGUUCUGAACAAGCCAUGGCUGACAGGCUCUCAACCAGCCCCUGUCCAUCAGAACCAGACAGUCCAGGAUCUUUGAAUCGAGCCCUUCUUCUGGAACCCGCAGAUGUCCUGUGUCAUGAUCUGUCCAUCAUCGUUCCAGAGACACCCAGCCCACAGCUCAGUAAACGUCGGAAGUGUUUCCGAAGCAUAGAGGAGCGUUUGAGCCCUGUGGGAAUCAGAGGCUCUGCUGGAGCAGCAGCUCAAGACUUUUCACAUAAAACGAAGCGUCGGCGACUGACUGAGCAGACUACCGGCUUUGUUCCCGCCUCUUCUCUGAGGGCUUUACCACUGGGCAGCUGGCUGGAGACCCCCUCCUCCUCAACCUCCUCCUCCUCCUCCUCUUUAGGGUCAUCCACAUCCUACCUCACACCUGUUUCAGUUGUUAGUUCAAAACAGAUUCAGACAAUUGCUUCUUCAUCAUCAACAUCAGCCUCAGCAGCAUGUAGCUCCAGCUCACUGUCUUUUCUUACGGAAGAGGAGAGAAGAUGGCUCAACAGAGAGCAGGGAGACACCUCCCCAGCAGAGGUGGAGCCCGUCAUCCUCAUUGAUGAGGACGAUGGCACUGUACGCACCUUACAGAUGGAGGAAGACGAGGCGCUUGCUCGAAGCCUACAGGCUCAGUUUGAUAAAGAGGAGCAGCUCAGCAGACACCACCAUCACCAGCAUCAGCACCGACUGCAGCAAAGCCCACAUAGGCACUUCUCCUAUAUGGAGCCUCACUGGAUGUCUCAGGUGUUGGCUGCUGUCUCCCCGCUGGUGGGCCUUGAAGACGAUCUGAUUGGUCAGCAUAGGCAACGUGGGCGGAGCAGCAGGAGGAGAAAUAUUCUUCCAGACUUUUCGGAUGACAUUCAGGGAAACAACUAUGAGGCUCUUCUAGAGUUUGAGGAGCGGCAGGGAGCUGUGGUCUCCAGGAAACUUAGCCGCAGAGAAAUCCAGAGGUUUCCCACCAAAAAAUUCCAUUCGGCCAAAACUGCUGGGAACACGCAGUGUCAGAUAUGUUUCUGUGACUACAACGAUGGGGAAAAGCUCAGGAUGCUGCCGUGUUUCCAUGACUACCAUGUCCAAUGUAUCGAUCGAUGGUUAAAGGAUAACACCACCUGUCCAAUCUGUCGGGCCAACCUGGCUGAUGGGUCUUCUUUCGUCCCCUCAACACAAACAGGAAUCUGACAUGGAACAACUAAAGGAUUCGUGUUUUUGUUUUUAUUUUUCGGGUAAUUACCUGACUCUUCAGGAACAACUGCUGCUAUCAGGCUUGUUGAACACAAUAAAGAAGAUUUUUUUUUUAAA